CACUGCAGCCAGUCACCAUUUAACUGAAACAUUUCAAAUUCGAAGCAAAUUUGAAGCCGGAAGAAAAGGCUGAAAAUGUCUCGUGACUCAAAAUUCUCGCAGCUUUACCGUCUGAUCAAUGAUUCAGUCCGUCCAUAUGCCGAAUCGGAGAUAGUUUCAUUAACGAAAGAACAGGAGAAAGAACUUCUCGUUUCUCUUUCUCAGAUUUUGAAAAAAAUUCAGCUAUGGACUCGUGAACUUGACUGUGAUUCUUACGAUGAACUGGAAAUCAGUUCUGAAGAUCAUCUCUAUUUAUUUCAGAUAAUAGCUGACAUGGUAUUUUUGCUUGGUGUUAAGAGUCACUUUGUUCAACAUCUGGCUGGCAACAUUCUAGUUAUUAUCUCCGAGCUUCUGUCUACAUCUGGAAGCAACUGGAAUCUCCCUAUUCGUUCCUUGUUUUGUUGCAUGGAGUUGGCAGUUAUAAAUAUAUUGUCCAUCGCUUCCACACCUUCUAAAGCUGAAUUGGGCUAUUCAAAUAUUGAUUCAUCUAGUUUUGUAGGUGUCAUAAAACCUAGAUUGAAAUAUGCUAGGUGGUCUAGUUUGGCUGGCAUUGUUCGAAUCUUGCGGAACAUAUUGAAAUAUUUGAAGCAAGAGUAUGGCCAUGAUGAUAGUCUUACUGAAGCAUACUUACAUUCAGUCUAUUCUUGCUUUUCAACUCUGCCAUGGGAUUCCAUGGAUUUGAUUUGUGGUACUCGAACUGCUGAUGAAGAGGAGUCAAAGGUUGUGUUUCUGGGGAAUUUUAUUCAGUUAUUGUGUUCAUUGGUUGAGCAUAUCAGUUCUGUGGAUAAUAUGGGUUCUUCCCUAGAUAAGCAUCUGUUUCUCAGUUUAGUUACAAAACUUGUACCAAAACUCUUGUAUUGGUGCCUUGGUGAGCCAGAAGAAUGUGCUAAAACUCACAUCUCUCAGUAUUUUAGACACAAGUUGCUGGUUCUAAUGAUUAGGCUGAGUUUCCAUGCUCGUCUAGAUGAUUGCAUGAUUCUUUCAUGGUUGCAUCUUCUUCAUAAUUACUUUAAAGAGCUGUUGCAGCAACCUAUAACUGAAGUUGAGUCUGUUCAGGAUGAUUGUUUAGAAGGCUCUCCGUUUUUAAUGAGUGUUACUGAUGGAGAAUUAUAUAAUAUGGGUUCACACCACUUACAGAGACAAGCUGUUUUCCUUUUUCUGAGGUGUUCCUUCACUUUAGUCAGCCUGAAAGAAGACACCAAAAAGCAUUGUGCAUGUUCAGCUGCUGACUCUUGCUUGACCUUUGAUGCAAAUUCUGAUUUGGACUGUUGUGGUAGAAAGAAAGGUUUGCUAGAGCUAUAUAAGUGGCUUCAACGGCAUCUUCCCAUAGAUAAAAUAGUGGACUAUGAAAUAUACAUGGAGAAAUGUAUUAACUUUUCAUUAUCGUUCCUCCAACUAUAUAUGCAUGAGGAUGAUGAACUGCUCAGAAUGCUCCUACAAUUGCUUGAUAUACCAGUUUGUGGAACGAAAAGUGGAUGUGGUGUUGACAGGAAAAAUUGGAGUUUUCAGGAUGUAAAGGCAGAUAUUCUUUUUCACCUGUCACACGUUUUCAAUCCUGUGCACCUAUUUCAUCUAUUUCUUGCAGAGUUACACUAUGAUCAUCAAGUGCUCCUUGAUUACCUAAUUUCAAAGGACACAGGAAUUCAUUGUGCUGAAUAUCUCUUAAGGUGCCUGCGUAUGGUAUGUGAUUCAUGGCCCUUGUUUAAGGAAUUUUUGGCUGUUGGGAAAUUUACAAAUCAAUCAUCUGACAAGAGAAGAAAAAUCAUAUUGGACAGCCCAAAAUUUCAGGGCAGGCUACAAUCUACAACUUUGGAAAACAGUAUUCUAUCUCUGCAGGAGGAAUAUGAUUGUGAUCGCUGUGGAACUAGAGGAUCAUAUUACAAUAAAGCCUAUGAUUGUUUGAUUUCUCUGAAAACAUCCAUGGAAAACCUUCAUCAGAAGAAUCUGUUUCUCUAUAAUCCAGAAGUGCUUCUAAAACGUUUGACAAGAUUUGAGGAACUCUGCACUGAGCAAUGUAACCAUGACAACUCUUGAGUAUGACCUAUUUAGGAACUUCAGCUCCACUACAUUGAGCUCCAUCAGUUUCUCAAAGAUUAAGAAGAAACAAUAAAAAUGAUAUCCUGCCACCAUUAUUCAGAGGCAUCAAUUUAAUUGGUCAAAUGUGAUGGAAAUGUUUUUCUAGGAAAUUUAAACAUUCAUCUGGAAGAUCAAUCAAGGUCAUCAAACUCUUUGGGGAGGCAACACUGCUGCCGAUAUUUCACCUCCUCCAUCCUGGUAAGAGAUUCGUUGAGCUCUUCAUAUUUUUCUUGGCUUCAAUGUGUCUGAAAUAGGUUAUAUAUCGAUCCUCGUGAGGGAUAACACUACACAAAAUUUUUUGCUUCUAGUCAUGCCAAAGAUGUCACUUUUCUAACUGACCAUCGAUGUCUAAGUUGAAUAUCUGCAUGUUAUACAUCUUUGGUUGUUUCUUAUGAAACAUGAACACGAUAUAUGAUAUGGAACCAUAUGUACCUAAUCACAGGGACACUAAGCUUUAUGGGGCCAACAUAGGCUUUUGCUUGAAGUGUGAGAGUAAACGAGAUGCAUGAGAUAGAUGUGGGAAAAUUAGGAAAGAUUCAAUGGUAAGUAUUUCGUUCUUACA